AUGGAAAGUUUUAGAAAGGCAUAUGGGGCGCUUAAGGACUCUACCAAAGUUGGCCUUGCUAAGGUCAAUAGCGAUUUCAAGGAUUUGGAUAUUGCAAUAGUCAAGGCCACAAACCAUGUUGAAUAUCCACCAAAAGAACGGCAUGUUAGAAAAAUAUUUUUCGCGACCUCGGUCUCAAGACCUAGAGCAGAUGUUGGCUACUGCAUUCAUGCUCUUUCUAGGAGAUUGGCGAAAACACGAAAUUGGAUUGUUGCUAUAAAGAUAUUGAUAGUCAUGCAUAGAACAUUAAGAGAAGGAGAUCCUACAUUUAGAGAAGAACUGGCCAACUACUCGCAUAGAGGGCAAAUAUUUCAAUUAUCAAACUUCAAAGAUGAUUCAAGCCCUCUUGCUUGGGAUUGCUCCGCAUGGAUACGAACAUAUGCGCUCUUUCUUGAGGAAAGGCUCGAGUGUUUUAGGGCCUUAAAGUAUGACAUAGAGGCAGAGCGUUUAACAAAACCCGCUGCAGCAACAUCAAAGGCACACAGUAGAACACGCCUCUUGAGUGGCCCGGAAUUGCUAGAGCAACUUCCUGCAUUGCAACAACUUCUGUUCCGCCUAGUUUGUUGCCAUCCUGAAGGAGCAGCUAGCCACAAUUUUCUUGUUCAGUAUGCAUUGGCUCUGAUAUUGAAGGAGAGCUUCAAAAUCUAUUGUGCUAUCAAUGACGGAAUCAUCAAUCUUGUGGACUUGUUCUUUGACAUGCCCAAAUAUGAUGCUGUCAAAGCUCUCAACAUCUACAAGAAAGCCGGGCAACAGGCUGAACAUCUAGCUAACUUUUAUGAAUUCUGCAGAGGCUUAGAUCUCGCUCGCACUUUUCAGUUUCCGAUUCUAAGACAGCCGCCUCCUUCGUUUCUCGCAACCAUGGAAGAGUACAUAAAAGAAGCACCGCAAAUUGGUUCUAUGUCAAACAAGAGGCUGGAGUAUCGAGAGACAAAUGAAGAGCCUGAAAAAAUCGAUGAACCUAUUCCUCAAGAGCCUGAACCAGUAGUAGAGGUAGAAAAAGAAGAGAAACAAGAAGAGAAUGAUCAAGAAGAACCACAUGAUCAGAGUCUAGAUGAUGAUCCACCUAUGAUAUCAACUGACGAACCUGUUGAUUUGCUAGGUCUCAGUGCUGAAGUAAAUCCGAAGGCUGCAGAACUUGAAGAAAGCAAUGCACUGGCUCUUGCCAUUAUUCAACCUGGUAGUGAUUCUUCACCAAAUAACUUAGCUUUGGCAGAGAUAGGAAAAAGUUCAGGUUGGGAACUGGCGUUGGUGGCUACGCCAAGCAACCAUAAUAGUAAACCACCAGAAAGAAACUUGGCUGGAGGGUUUGAUAAGCUAUUACUUGAUAGCUUGUAUGAAGAUGAAGCAUCCAGGAGACAACUACAGCUACAGAAUGCAGGCUAUAAUGCAAGUUAUGGAUACGAAAUGACAGCACAAAAUCCAUUCAAUCAACACGAUCCAUUCGCAAUGUCCAAUGUAAUUGCGCCUCCGACCAAUGUUCAGAUGGCAAUGUUGUCUCAACAAGAGCAAAUGAUGCAGCAACAGCAACAACAACAUAAUAUGAUGAUGAUGGUACCUCACCAAUAUCCGAAUCAAUAUUCACAACAACAUCAGCAACACCACCAACAUCAACAGAUGCAAUACAUGGGUUCGGCUAAUCCAUUCGGUGAUCCAUUCAGCUAUCCACAAAAUACAAUGCCACCGCAUGGAAACCAAGGGCUAAUUUGA